AUGAUGGUAUUGAUGGAACAAAAAGAUGAAUUGAUGAGGAAACUGAAAAUAGAGAAUGAGGAAAAGAGAAAAAGAGAAUUGUCACCAAUGCCGAGUGUGCGAAUGGCAAAGUUGGAUAUUGAUGGAGAUGGAAAUGAAAUGGACGAGACAUUGAGAAAAGUGGAAGAUUUGUUGAAGAUGGAAACUGUGAGAGAAACGAAGAGUAUGGAAAUAUGUAAGUCGGAAAGGUUGGGAAGUUCGCGCAGCGAUAAUACUGAAAAAGUCAAAGAGAAAAGAGUUGAAAAAUGGGUGAAAGAGCAGAAAGCGGGAAAUAUUGAGAAUUUGAGAGAUGAAAAAGUGGAAAUUGUUGAAAAAGCGGGUAGUCGGGGCAAAAAAUCGGGAAAAUCGAGCAGUUCAGGUUCAAGACAAAGUGUUCGAGAGGAACUUAUGAAUGUGGCAAGAUUUAUGAAGAUCUCGACGAUGCCAGAUCCUGAAAUUUAUUAUGGAAAACCGCAGGAAAAUUUGGAUGAUUUUUUAAGUUUGUUCGAAAUGAAAUAUAAGCAAAAUAUGGAAAGUUCAAUGGAAAUGGCAGCUGUUAUGAAAGCAAAGUUUUUGCGUGGAGAAGCUAAGAAGUUAUUCGAGACGAUUGAAUUGAAAGAAGAAAUGACAUGGAAAGAAAUUGUUGAGAAGUUCAAGAAAGCGAUGAAUGCAUCGAGAACAAGUCAAAGAGGAAGAGCAGUCGAGAAAUGGCAAGAUUUGAGAAUUCGUCAAGAUCAGUCGCUCCAAGGUUAUCUUAUCGUUGUUGAUUCGCUUGCGAAAGAAGCAUUCGCUUCGUCGAAAGAGGAAGUCGAUAUUUUCAAAACGGCGAAGUUGUUGCAAGCUGCGAAGCGAAAUCCGACUUUAUUGGGACUUUUGGCGGUGAAGAAGAACGAUGAGAAGGACGGAUUCCAGUAUGAAAAGUUGAAAGCUGCGGCUUUACAAUUUGAAUUUGAUUUGGAGAGAAAUAAGUAUAAGGAUGAAAAGAAGAAAUCGGAAGAGAAAAAAGAUGGAAAAUCAGCAUCAGAAAAUGGAAGAGAUUUGAGAAAAUGCUUCAUAUGUGGUGAAGAGGGACAUAUUGCUGUAAAAUGUUCGGGAACCAAGAAGGUUAACACCAUAAGACGAAGAAAAUGGGAAGAUAUGAAGGAAAAUGUGAAGAUUUUUGGAAAAUAUGCGACAAUUUUGAUUGAUAGUGGAGCAAUGGUUAAUGUUAUUUCAACGGGAAAGUUGGAAAAAUUGAAGAGAAAUGUUGGAAAUUGGAAGAGAUUCAUUUUGAAAGAAGAAAAUGCGAAAAGUUCAAUAUAUGAUUGCAGUGGAAAAAGAUUGAAUGUUAUUGGAAUUUGGAGUAUUGAAAUCGAGAUCAGAAAUAUGAAGAAAGUUGUGAAAUUUCAUGUUAUUCAAAGUUGGGAAGAUAUGUUGAUUCUUGGAUUGGAAAGUUUUGGAACAUUUGGAAUUUAUUUGAAAUUUGAUAGUGAAAAGAAAAUGGGAGAAAAUGAGAAAAAUGUUGAAAAAUUGGAAAAUUUGGAUAAAAAGUGUGAAACAGGCGCAGCGAAAGAUUUGAAAGAAAAGGGAAAAUUGGGAAAUUAUGUGAAAUCAGAUUAUUUUUCCAGAAAUGGUUCGUCGAACAUUGAAGAAGAUCGAGUCGGAAAAUCUGAAAAUGAAGAGAGAAAAGAUGGAAAAGUUGAAGAAAGUGAAUUGGCAAGAGUUGAAGAUGAUGAUCGAAAUGGAAAAUUGGAAAAAGAUGAAGUUUGGAUGGGAAAUGUCCUUUGUGACACUUUGUUCAAAGUUGAGACGGAGAAGAAGGAAGUUGAAGAUCGAAAAGUGAAUGAAAAUGGAAUGACAAAAGUUCAAAAUGGUGAUGAAGAUCGAAAAUUGGGAAAAGAAGAAAUUAGUGUUGGAAUGAUACUUCGUAGAAAUUUCGCUGAAAUUCGAAGAAUUGAGAUGGAGAAGAAGAUGAUCGAGUUGGAAGAAGCCAAAAUUGGAAAGGGACAAAGAAAGAUGAAGAAGAAUUGCAAUAUGGUGUAUGUCAAAAGUGUAGAUUAUGAGGGUUGCAUAUCGCCAAAGUAUAUUGAGCAUAUUCAAAUGUUGAAGCGAAACAAAUUGGGCAUAUAUGCUUCUUCCAAACAACAUCCAAUCGAUCAAGGUUUUUAA